AUGUCAUACAAUCAGUAUCCACCAAAUCAACCUCCAUACCCACCACAGCAGGGGUAUUAUCCUCCACAAGGUCAAUACAACGCACCUCCUCAGCCUCCGCCGAAUCAACAAGGAUACGGACACCCAGGUCAAUACCAGCCUCCUCCUGGGCCUCCUGGGCCUCCUGGGCCUUCAGGACCUCAUUCUGGAUACGGUGGACCCCCUCCUCCCUCUCAAUAUCCGGCUAGUCCAGGCUAUCACCCUCCGCAAGGACCACCGCCAGGAGGGUAUCCACCACCUCAUAACGGCCCUCCACAACCCGGAUAUCAGCAGCCAGGGUUUCCGCAGCAGCAUGGGUACCAACAACAGCCGGGGUAUCCUGGCAACUAUCCACCACCUGCCCACUCUCCGCAGCCACCGCAUAUGGCCCCUCAGCAUCCUCCGCAAGGAUACGGCGCCCCUCCCGUUCCAUCUGUCCCGUCACUAGGCUAUGCUCCCGGUCAGGUCGCACCGGGUGACUUCCGCCGAGAAGCUGACACUCUCCGCAAGGCAAUGAAGGGGUUUGGAACAGACGAAAAGGCUCUCAUCCAAGUACUCAGCAAGCUUGAUCCGCUCCAGAUUGCGGCCGUCCGCGCAACAUAUACAACGCACAUUCGCCGCGAUCUUCAUGCCGAUGUCAAGUCCGAAACAAGCAGCUACUUCCGCCAGGCACUUCUCGCCAUCAUUGACGGUCCUCUCCUGCACGAUACCGCCUCAGCCCGCGAAGCAGUAGAAGGUAUCGGCACAAAGGAAUGGCUUCUCAACGACAUUCUCCUCGGCCGCUCAAAUGCCGACCUCAACGCCAUCAAGACCUCAUACGAGCGCACCUACCGUCGUUCCCUCCAAAAGGACGUCGAAGACGACCUCUCUUUCAAGACCCGGAACCUCUUCGCCCUCGUCCUCCGCGCUGCGCGCCACGACGAAAACGCACCAAUCGACUACCGCGCCAUCCAGGCCGAAGCCCAGAAUAUCCACGGCGCGACAGCCGCCCGCAUCGUCAACAACGCCGACGAAGUCUGCAGCCUCUUCGCUCGCAGCUCCAACAACGAGCUCCGCGCCCUGAACCAAGCUUUCUCCGAGCGCUACCACACUUCCCUGGAAGCUCAUCUCGAGAAGGAAUUCUCCGGCCACAUGAAAGAUGCUCUGCUACAUAUCCUGCGCACCGCACUGGAUCCGGCAAUGCGCGAUGCCGUCCUCCUCGAGGAGUGCAUGAAGGGCAUGGGGACGAAGGACGAGAGACUCGUUGUCCGCGUCGUCCGAGUCCACUGGGACCGUUAA